UUCAGAGGAUAUUCUGAUUCACUUCAUUCAUGUUUUUCCUGCAACUUAAAGAAGAGGUUGUGGGUUUGAAAUUGAGAAGAAGAUAGUUUGAGUUAAUCUCUUAACCUAAUCUUGAGUUGAGAAGAUGAACAUCCUUCGUUCUUUCUGGAAUAGUCCCACAGGCCUCAAAACCACUCAUUUUUGGGGUCCUACCUUCAACUGGACCCUUCCUCUUGCGGCAGCAAUGGACACAAAGAAACCACCGGAAACGAUUUCUGUGAAUAUGACUGGAGUUAUGUGUGUUUAUUCAGCGUCGUUCAUGAGGUUUGCUUGGGUGGUGCGACCGCGUAACCUUCAUCUUCUCGUAUGCCAUAUCACCAAUGAGACUAUGCAGUUAUAUCAACUCUCAAGGUGGUUCAGAGCCCAAAGGGAACAGAGCAAAGAGGAAGCAAAUGUAGAGUGAAAUAUAUUUGUUUAAACUCUGAAGGUGAAAGAAAAUGUGUUAUAGCUUUAAAAAACAAGUUCUUCUAUCAUUCGUCAUUUACUCUUGCUGUUUUAAUAUGCGAUGUAAUAUUGUCAUAAUGUAACUUCUUUUAUAAUAAUAUUGUACUUUAAAUUUGUUAUAUGUUAGUUAAAA